AUGCUCGGAAAAGACCGUACUUACCGAGAGUUCAACGAUGACGAGGACCACAAUGAAGAAAUGCAAUCACCGGACUUUUUCCACGAUGUGGAAGACGACAGUGAGGAGCGUAACGAGAGUAUUUUACCAGAGGACGAGACAAGGGGCAGCACGCCAUCCAUGCGGGUAAGCAAGGCGUGCUUGAAGAACGUUUUCACGGUAGUGCUCAUCUUCAUCUAUUUGCUGCUGACGGCCGUGGCCGCCUUCCUGGCAUACCAGACCAUCUCCGACUUCCUGGAGAAGGUCAACCAUCCCGUCAUGUCUGUCACCUACAAGGAGGUGGAUGCCUUCCUGCCGCCUGGUAUCGCUCUGUAUCCGGGGAACGCCCGACUGCUGAGCUGUCGGCACCACUUGCACGACGACAUCCCGCCCCUGGUGAACCCCGGCAAGCCUCAAGAGGGUGACUGUAUCAUCAAGGAGGUUACCUAUGAUGGGCCUUUCACCAACCGGACACAGAAGAAAGCGCUGGUGGUGCAAGGACCGUCGGACGUCCGUAACAAGGAGUUGAUUUUUAUGCAGUUCAGUCAGAAUGAAACGGAAGAAGACUUCAGUGCUAUCACGUACAUGCCAUUCGCCAAUUUCAGCGACCUGGAACACAGUUUAAAUAAAUCCAAGUUCAUGAGGGACUGUGAGAGGAACUACUCCACGUGGACCUUCUCUGGCGGCUUCCGCACGUGGGUUAAGAUGUCCUUGGUGAGGACAUCCGGGAAAAGCGACCAAUCAGUUGAGUUUCGCCAAGAAUCCACAGUGGUCAAAUUCAAUGACAAGAGGCCCGAACCAGAGAGAAGCAACCAGCUUUUCUUUGUAGUCUUUGAGUGGAGGGAUCCUUUUAUACAAGAAAUCCAACUGAUCGUGACAGCAAACCCGUGGUCGUCGGCAGCCAUUCUCUGCGGCGUCUUCAUGGCUCUCUUCAAGGCCGCCAACUUUGCCAAGCUGACCGUCCAGUGGAUCAUCAGAAUGCGAAAGCGUCACCUGAGAAACAAAGCACGCCAACUCAGCACCAUAAACUGA